AGCGAAACUAUCUUCUUCUGCCUACGUGUCGAAGUUGGUUGGCUUCAAUCUACCUUUGAAGUCCGUUGUGGAUUCUUGAACGACCCAUUGUUCGUAUGUUUUCUGGCAUAAAAAUCAUACCUCGUGAUGAGGUGCGUGAUGAUAGUUCCGAGGGAGAAGAAGAUAAAUCCAUAAGUAGGAAGGAUAGAAGAAGAAGAAAGAACAAGGACGACGACAAAAAGGAAAGUAGGAGUGAUGAAAAGAAGAUUGCCAUGGGUGAUAUUGCUGCUAGAAAGAGUAUUGGUCUUGAUUGGAUGCUGCCACCAACCCCAAAGGAUGAUCCACACCCUACUGCUUUAGAUGUUGAGGAAAAAAUGGAUGAAGAGGUAGUUAAAGUAAACCCGAGGGAGCUGAAUCCUUACUUGAAAGGCAAGGGAUCCGGUUAUCCAGAGGAAGAACCUGAGAAAAGAAAAGGUAAAGAUCAGCUUUUACCAACUUCUGUUGUUGGAGACGGUGGUGCCAGUUGGAGAAUGAAAGCACUCAAGCGUGCAAAGGAACAUGCUGCUAGAGAAGGGCAAAAACUUGAGGAGGUUGCUGGAGAACGAUGGGGUUCACUUGUUAACCUUGUUGAGUCCGUGGCAUCUCAAAGAGCAGCUCCAUCUCGUGCCCAUUUGAAUGCCAUUAAUAAUAGAAGAAGAGGGCAAAAUGAAGAGAAUGAGAAAGUAAAAAAACCAGAGAGAGUUUCUGAGAAGGGUAAUGGUCGGGAGUAUUUGAAGGAUGAUGACUCGCUACGUCGUCAUCGUGAACUCAGAGCCCCUAAAACUGAUCCUUCAUUAUCCUGGGGGAAAAGAAAGGGCCAAACUCAUAGACAUGAAGACUCGAAGCUGAUAUCUGAAGCUGCAGCUCACUUGAAUAAGUUUUCCAACGAUGGAAGCUUCAUGAAGGAAAUGCUAGCUAAGCAGAAGAAUGAAUCAAUGAAGAUCGUAGAGACGCGUGUAGAUCACAGAAGCGACAUGGAGCAAAACACAUUACCCUCAGAGACCAAAAAAGAUGGCGAACCCACUCUUCUCAACAUGGAAUCUUUAAGUGUGAAUCAACUGGCUGCCAAAGCUUUACAGUUCCGUCUGAAAGGGAAACUUGAAGAAGCUCGGAAGCUUACGGAAGAAGCAGAGAUUCUGAAAGCAAAACAAGCUGUUGGAGACGAUUCAUCCAAAGAACAACAACACUACAUCAGAGCAGCGAGGUAUCCUAUCAGAGACAUGUCAGGUAAAAGGAAGAAUGAAGAGGAUGAUACAGAUAUGCAUCUAGCCAAAAGCAUAUUGCAUAACAAACAGUACAAAACAUCUAACCAAGCUGCUGAUGAUGAGUAUGACUAUGGAGACGCUCCAAGCAAAAAGUCCCGGAAGCAGGAAUCCUCCUCCAGUAACGUUCCCCGCGUGAAACGCAUCUUGACUCAGCAAGAGCGCUGUCUCUUCUGUUUUGAGAACCCAAAGCGGCCGAGACACUUAGUCGUGUCAAUCGCAAACUUCACCUAUCUUAUGCUACCACAACAUCAGCCCCUUGUCCCUGGCCAUUGCUGUAUUUUACCAAUGCAGCACGAGGCAGCCAGCAGAAGUGUUGACGACAAUGUUUGGGACGAGAUUCGGAAUUUCAAGAAGUGUCUUGUAAUGAUGUUUGCGAAACAAGGAAAAGACGUUGUGUUUCUCGAGACAGUGAUUGGUUUGUCUCAGCAACGCCACCACUGUUUGAUCGACUGCAUCCCAAUCCCUCAGGAGAUAGCGAAUGAAGGUCCUCUUUACUUCAAGAAGGCAAUCGAUGAAGCUGAGAGUGAGUGGAGUCAGCACAACGCAAAGAAGCUCAUAGACACAAGCGUAAAGGGUCUCAGGAACUCUAUACCCAAGGAUUUCCCUUACUUCCACGUUGAGUUUGGUCUAGACAAAGGGUUUGCCCACGUGAUUGAUGAUGAUCAACAGUUCAAUAGCAAUCUUGGACUGAAUGUGAUCAGAGGAAUGCUCGAGUUGCCAGAAGAAGACAUGUACAGACGAAGGAGACAUGAGUCGGUGGAGAGCCAGAAGAAGGCAGCUGUGAGCUUUGCACGCGAAUGGGAACACUUUGACUGGACAAAACAGCUCGAUUAGAUGGUCUAUUAUUUCUCGGUUACUCAUCAUUUAAUGUCUCGUCUUCUCAAACAGUAAGGAUUUCUCCAAUACUAUCUAUGUUCUUUAUCAUUCACACAUGUACCAAAAGUAAGGAGUAGCUUUUGCUUUAACAUCGGUCGUCUCUAUAAUAUCCUUAGUCUUAGAACUAGGACUGUUCAGUCCAUUUCGUUACAGAUUUCCUUCAUUUACUUGUUAAUGAAUUGUUUAGCAGAUUAAUUCCAUGUGACGCCUAACUAUUUAUCAGAAAAGCAAAGAUUAAA